AUGACGCCAUACAUGACGAUGGAUUAUCACAUCAGUUUGACCAUUCGAAUAAUUCAGCACACUGAGCAUAGGAUUGGAGACUCUGGGAAGCGAAAGUUAGAGAAUUCAAGGAAGAAUUCCGAUAAGAAGGACAAGAAGAAAUGCAAUUCUAGUAAAGUGGCUGCAGUCAACGCCAAUGGUUCAGGAAAGAAAGUAGUCAGGAAGGACAAAGAUGGUUCGAUGAAUAAAACUCAAGUGGUUGAGCAAAAGAAAUGUAGUAGAUGUGGUCGAUCCGGGCAUGUGGUCCGCGAGUGCUAUGCCAAAAGCACAUCGUAUGGAGUCAGGCUCGAGGGAUGCUUUAAAUGUGGGGAGCCAGGACAUAUCAAGCGGGAUUGUCCUGAGUUGAAGGGUUAG